GCGAGAAUCCUUUGUUUUCCCCCUCUCUCCUCUUUUAAUACAUUCUUUCAUUGAUUUUACACCCUUGAAUCAUAUCAUUGAUUUCAGGUUUUGGGUCCUCUUCAAUUCCUCACCCUCCUUAAAUCUCAUUUGGGUUUUCUCUGACAAUCUUCAUUUUCUCUGUAUUGCAUUUGGGUUUUUGGGUUCCUCUUCAUAUCAAUCUCUAUAUCUUGCAUUUGAAUCUUCAUUGGUUUGGGGUUUUUGGUCCAUCUUCAAAUUCCCUUGGCUCAUUCUCAUUUGGGUUUUCUCUGAUUAUCUCCAUAUCUUCUCUGUAUUGCGUUUGGACGGUCAAAGGCUCAUAUUUCGUUUGGGUUUCUUUGUUUCUCUUCAUAUCAAUCUCUCAUCUCUUGCAUUUGAACUUCUAUCUAAUUUCCUUCAGACAAAAAUGUUUGAGAAUUCAAGAAGUGCAUUGCCUCUUACUUCCUUGAAUCAUAUCUCCCUAGUAUGCAAAUCCGUUGAAGAGUCGCUUGAUUUCUAUCAAAACAUACUUGGGUUUUUCCCCAUAAGGAGGCCUGGAUCCUUUGAUUUCAAUGGAGCAUGGCUAUUCAAUUAUGGAAUAGGCGUUCAUCUCCUGCAAUCUGACAAUCCAGAAAGCAUGCACAAAAAGGAGGAGAUUAAUCCCAAAGACAAACACAUUUCUUUCCAGUGCGAGAGCAUGACUGCAGUGGAGGCGAGGCUGAAGGACAUGGGAAUUGACUACGUGCAAAGGAGGGUAGAAGAGGGUGGCAUCCACGUGGACCAGCUCUUCUUCCACGACCCAGAUGGAUUCAUGGUCGAGAUUUGCAACUGCGACAACCUUCCGAUUGUCCCACUCGUGGGCGAGCCCGUUCGCACGUGCUCCCGGAUCCAACAUCAGGUGCAGGUGCAGGUGCAACAGCCACAAUCACAGCCGCAGAUGGUGCAGUACCACCCUCCCAUUCAUGUGAAUGAGGACAACAGCACUUCUCGUGCAUGAAAUGAAGUGGGUCCUAGUGGACUAUUGGAUUGAGAAGUUUUAACGGUCCUGAUGCAUCAAAACGUGGGUAGUGUGUCCUGAUGCUUCAGUUAUCAUGAAUGGGGCCCAUAGUUAUGAGAUCACAACCGUUUAACUGGUGCAUCCGCUGUGGACGUGGACACUCUUUCCAGAUUCUAAGAUCCCACCCAUCCAAAAGAUGGCCCUCUUUCUUGAUCUAUUCGACUUGGGAGAUUCUUGGAGAAUCCCGUUUAUUACGAGAGGUAUCAGAUGAAUGGUCUGGAUCACCUAACCAUGUACCCCACUUCCACUAACUAGUGCAUCGUGGCAGUAGUCACGUUCUCAUGCAUCGGGACGUUAUGAUUUCUCAAUUGAAUUUUGUAUAUAUACAUAUUUUUUUUCUCUACUCUGUACAUGAUAACAGCUCUUUACAUCAAUAAAAAUAUCACUUAUGGUAA